AUGGAAAGUGUUGAAGAAUUAGUGAAUGAAUUAGGUGGUAAGAUAACUAAUCGUUACAAGUUAAUUAAAGGCUUCAGUAUGGAAUUUGAUGAUUCAUAUUUAAAUAUUUUGAAAAAUCAAAUUGAGCGAUUAAAUAUGAAUAUGGAUGGUCGCUAUCAUAUUAAUUUGGAAGAGGAUCAAAUAGUCCACGCCAAUACCGUGAGAUGA